UGGUGACUGCGGGAGGCUUCACGUAAAAUUCAACACGCGACAAAACUUGGAUUUACGGACCUCACCUUUGCGCUCAGGUGUCAAAGUAAAGGUGUUUAUACCUCGUGGCUCCCGCAUGUGUCUCCUAUCCGGCGUAUCUUCAGUUACCGUCCUUUAGCCUACUUUUGUCCACCAUUAGAUUAGUUGGCUGUGUUUGUGCUCAGAUGACGGCGCAGGUAGACUACCUGGUGGUGGUUUUCACCGCCACAUCUGGCGCGAGCGGAGAGCUGCUGGGAUCUGACGAGAAGGAGCUCGGCCAGUUGGUUUGGCAGCUGGUGGAUGUAAAAAACAAAAAGUUGGGCAAGGUGAAUGAGCUCUUCAUUAAACUGGACCUCUCAGACUUGACUGAGGAAAAAGAGGAGGAGGAUGGGGUGGAGGAGAGCGUUGAAGAGGAGGAUAGGUCCCCAGCAGAUAAUGUCUACACAGCUACAAGUCUUGAGACAGCAUUAAACUUGUUUCAUCUACAACUGACGAAUGAGGUGAACAGCGCGGGCGCAGGCACGUCGGUGUGUUUGUGUACAGACGGGCCCCUUCAUAUCCGCCAAGUGAUUCACCCCGAGGCCGCGAGCAAGAACAUCCUGGUCCCAGACUGUUUCUACUCUUUCUUUGACCUUCGGAAAGAGUUCAAGAAGCACUUCCCCACAUCUGACCUCAAGGCUUUGAAUGUACACAUCAUGGCAGAGUCUCUGACUAUACCUGUUGAUGUGCCCGCUAUGUGGGACCCCUCAGCCACACAGGAUCCGUCGGCCAUAUUGCCUCCAGAAAUAGCAGUCCAGCAGGUCCAGACUAUGGGCAGCAUUGUCCUUGCACUGCUUUCUGAGCCAUUUAGCCACGCAUUUUCUACCCAGGAAAGAGUUAGUGAGAAGUUUGAGACUGGCACUUGCAGUAAGAUGGAGAAAGUGUGUGACAACACAGUCAUCAGAGCUAGAGGGUUGCCAUGGCAGUCUUCUGACCAGGACAUUGCUCGAUUCUUCAGAGGACUCAACAUCGCCAAAGGAGGGGCAGCAUUGUGUCUUAAUGCUCAGGGGAGACGGAACGGAGAAGCUCUCGUUCGUUUUGUCAGUGAAGAACACAGAGACCUGGCGCUGCAGAGACACAAACACCACAUGGGCAACAGAUACAUAGAGGUUUACAAAGCUUCAGGAGAGGACUUCCUGAAGAUAGCAGGAGGUACCUCCAAUGAGGUAGCAAUGUUCCUGUCCCGUGAGGACCAGAUCAUAGUGAGGAUGCGAGGUCUUCCUUUCACCGCCACACACGAGCAGGUGCUCACCUUCUUCUCCCCGGAGGAAGACCUCAAAGAGACAUGUCCGGUCAGCGGAGGGAAAGAUGGCAUCCUAUUUGUUCGCUAUCCAGACGGCCGUCCCACUGGCGAUGCCUUUGUUUUAUUUGCCUGUGAGGAACACACCCAGUGUGCACUGAGGAAACACAAAGAAAUCCUUGGGAGAAGAUAUAUUGAGCUGUUCAAAAGUACAGCAGCAGAGGUCCAACAGGUGUUGAACCGGUACUCCUCGGCUCCUCUGAUCUCAGUGGCCCCUGCCCCCCUGGUAUCAAUGCUGCCCGCAGUGUCUCUCCUGCCCCCUCCUGGUAGUGUGCGGGACUGCCUGAGGCUGAGGGGGCUGCCAUACACAGCGAGCAUAGAGGACAUUCUCACCUUCCUGGGCGAGUUUACACACGAUAUCAGACCACAUGGUGUGCACAUGGUCCUCAACCAGCAGGCUCGUCCAUCAGGUGACUGCUUCAUCCAGCUGACCUCAGCUGAGCGGUCUAUUCAGGCCUCACAGCGGCUCCACAAGCAUAUAAUGUCCAGCCAGCGUGGGGCCAACAGCCGCUAUGUGGAGGUGUUCCCCUGCAGCACAGAGGAGAUGGGCCUGGUGCUGAUGGGAGGCUCGCUCUCACACACACAUACACAUGCACACAUCCGGAGCAGGAGUGGGACAGGGCUCAGCCCGCCGCCAUGUAAGUCCAGACGUUUAUCUCCACCAUCCUACUCCUUCGGCCCUGUUCCACCUGUCAUGUCUGCAGAGGCAGCUGCUGCCCUCUACCCUCCCAUUGGUCAGAUGUUGCUGGCGCCACGCCACCUGCCACCAGGACACGCCUACUACCCCGCCUCAGCUCAGCUAUACAUGAACUACGCGGCCUACUAUCCCAGUCCACCUGGCUCACCUACCGUAGGUUUCUUCCCCUCCCCCGCCUCCCUGUCCUCCCCAGGGGGGUUGAUGCGCAUGCCAGGUCUGACCUACAACGGCAACGGAGUUAAAGACCUCAUCAGUGCAAUGCAGGGAUACCAGUAUGCCCCCGAGGAUGCUCUCAUGCACGCCCAUGGGCCUAUGCACGCUCACGACCCGACCGGGACAUUGCUUACGCAGCCCAAAGAAUGGGUGUGUAUUUAAGGUGUCUGAGGCAGGUGGCAGAGUCCCGCGGAGUCUGUGUCUCUCCUGAGCAGCCGUCUGAUUGGUCAGUCCAGCGGAGGAGAUGCUGCUCUCAUGUCCCUCCCCGCUCUUAUGACCAAGCCGGUGGGGUCGUACCUGGACCUGGCCCUGCUGUAAGGUCACACAUUUACAAAGGUCAUGUGACAAUUUGAUAAAUGUCAAAGAUUUGUAAUGUAUUGUUAGGUUUUUAAAUAGUCUUUUAGAUGUGUUAUUUAUAUCUUUAAGAACAGAAAUUAAUGUAUUUUAUACCCAAAUCAUUGUGGCCUUAGCCAAAAUAGCAAUUUUUGUUUUAUAUUGCACAUUGUGUAUUUUAAAAGCUUUAUAGAGGUUUUUUUUUUUACAUGUUAUGAUAUUAUAAUCGCUAUGAUAUAUUUGCUAGCCAAACUAGAGAAGAAUGACUGUGAAGAAUGAAAGUAUGUGUGAGUGUGUUUUGGUGUGAAAGAGAUGAAAAUGAGUAUUAUGCAUGGCUGUGUUGAUUCGUCUUAAUACUCCAUCUGUUUAUGCAAUACAUUUUAUAUGUUUAUACAUGUUUGAUACAGUACACAGUUAUUGUAUUGGAAGCUUUAGUGCAUGAAGAAGUUAGUAGUAAAACUUUAAGAUGUUUACAUAAUGCCAAAUAUCAAUGCACUGCUAAUCAAUUAGACAACUAAUGAAUAUAAUAGCAGUAUCUUUGAAUGAUAACAUGUAUGUUACACUGUGAGCUUGUCAGAUAGUCUGAUCCUUGCACCAGGCCUCACUUACAAAAAUGUGACAUCUCACACUCAUUAGCCUCCUCUUUUCCUUCUUAUGUACCCUAUAUGGGUCUGUUUCCAUGUUGUGUUAUGCCAAUGUUGUCUUGCCCUUUGCGUUCGACUCACAUUUGAAUGGAGGACAGUCCAAGUUCUCUGUAAUAUAACCACAGGGUUGCAAUCUUCAAGAGGACUCAUGUCACAAGCUCUCAUCUUAUUGAGUGAAUCUCAGAAGCCAGAGGUAAAUUCUGAAGAUUUUAAAACAGGCUUUACUCAGAAAAGACAGCAAGGAUGCAUCAGUCCAUCACACUUCCCUUGUCUUCUUUCCACUAUCUACGCUAAUGUCGGGGGAUACAACGGAGCAAACGGGUUUCCCUGAAGAAAACCCUUCCCAAUUUCUCUUAGUCACGAAAUCAUUUGGAGAGUAGACGGAAAGUUGAGGAGGAAAGGAAAUGAAGGACAACUCUGACAUGUAUCUUGUGAAUUUAAUUGCCAUUUGUGACCUGCAAAGUUGCUGUUUGGGCUCCAUGUUGCUGCACACAUUUAAACUCCUGCUUGUCCUGAGCAAUGCUGAAACAACAAUAAACACAACAUGUGAAGUCUG